AUGCUCAGGCUGCGCCUGCUGACCUGGGAUGUGAAGGACACUCUGCUGCGGCUGCGGCGGCCCGUGGGGCAGAGCUACGCGGCCGAGGCGCGGGCGCAGGGGCUGCAGGUGCAGCCGGAGGCUCUGGGACGGGCGUUCCGGGAGGCCUACGGGGCCCAGAGCCGCCGCUUCCCCAACUACGGCCGGGGGCAGGGGCUCAGCUCCCGGCAGUGGUGGGUGGACGUGGUCAAACAGGCCUUCGUGCUCUCGGGGGUGCAGGACGGUGCAGCCCUGACGGCGCUGGCAGAGAAGCUCUACCGCGACUACUGCAGCUCCCACAACUGGGAGCUGCUGCCCGGGGCCGAGGAGACCCUGAGCCGGUGCCGCCAGCGCGGCUUCCGCAUGGGCGUCGUGUCCAACUUCGACAACCGGCUGGAAAACAUCCUCUCGCAGUGCAACCUGCGGCACCACUUCGCGUUCGUGCUCACCUCCGAGGCCGCGGGGGCCGCCAAGCCCAACAGGAAGAUCUUCGAGGAGGCCCUGCGGCUCGGGGGCGUCCCCCCGGAGCAGGCGGCUCACGUUGGGGAUGAUUACACCCGGGAUUACCGGGCUGCCCGGGCCGUGGGCAUGCACAGCUUCCUGCUCCACACGGCCGGGCACGGCCCGGAGCCCGAGGUGCCCCCCGAGCACGUCCUGCCCACCCUCAGCCACCUCCUGGCCCGGAUCGAGAAGGGGUAGCUGCGGUUUGGAGGAGCCCAGCGCUGCUGCCGGGUGCUGAACUGGUCCUGGUGUGGGAUUCCCUGCUGCCAGGGGGCAGGGAACAGCAGCGAGCGGAUCAAGCACAGGGAGCAGCGCUGCCUACGGAGCAGGAGGGGUGUUCCUGCAAUAAAACAUAUCUGACAGCCA